GACUACUAGACAAUAUUUCAGUUUUUCAGUCGAUGUCAUUUGUUCUAUUUCUCGAUUUGUUUUAUAAAUCUAAAAUACUUCUAUAAAGUAAUAGGGCAGUAUAAAACUCCAUAUAAAUUGAGAUAAUCGAAACUAUAACAGAAUAAAACUGUUUGUAUCCCAGUAAGGCAAUGGAAUGUUGUAAAAAUCUAAUGUUUUGAAACGUAUAUCAACAAUGUCUUCGGGUCUAGAGCAUGAAGAUCUGGAGAAUGUUGCUCUCGUUAGAAUGGAGGAUGUACAACCAUCACGGGACAGGAUAGACAGGACCGUAGACUUGCAGAGCCCGCCAUCUGACGACGAGGAAAUAUUCGAGACGUGUAUUAUUGACAAAGUGGAGUACGACAAUGAAUGCGCGAUUGACGAUGAUAGUGACUCGAAUAUCGGAAGUAUGGUAUCCAUUCAAUCUGAGGAGAUGGUAGAGGAAGAAGAGGAAUCUAGUGAUACUUCAGAAUUGAUUGUUCCCGAGAUUUUGGACCCACCCACAGAGAUAAUAAAUGAACCAGUUCAAAGGCCAAAAGAAGUGAAGACCAAUGCCAAACCAAAUCAAUCAGACAGUUGGCCAACAUUAGAAAUAUUACCAGGUGGCGUUAUUAAAAAUGCUGUUGAUUGCGAAACGUUUCCCUCCAAAACUGCAGACAAAACUCCCCGGAAGGGAGAGAUGAUGUAUGCAUGUGCCAAGUGCCCACAGGUGUUCAAAUACCUGUUCUGUUUGGUUAAACAUGUUAAAUGGCAUGAGGAACAGGCCAAAAUGGUUGAUAGGACACCUAAUUUAAGUACACUGGAAAAAGAGUUGGUGUUAGUAAAAAGAGAGAGAAAUGAUUUAGAUAAGACAUACAAAAUGCAAAAAAUUGAAGUUUAUGCUAGGAUUGCAGCUGCAAUAGAAAAAAUAAAGAAUACAAGACACAUUUUUAAAUAAAAAACUUUUAUACAUUUGAAUCAUGGUUUUAUUUAAUCCUUCAAUAGGCCUACUAAAGUCUACUAAAUCUGUGAUUAGAUGCUUUGAAAUGGAAGCCAAGUGCCAUUCUAACUAAAUUCAUCAGUUCAUAAAAUCAGAUUAUCCUUUUUCAACUUCUCUCAAAAUAGCACUUUUUCAAGAUAGGUUAUCGCC